AUAUUUUCAAUAUUGUAAUACGGAGUAUUGUAUGGCCGUAUGAAGAAACGAAAGCGCGCGCAUAUUUCGGUUAGGGAUUCCGCGAGCCUUUGGCCGAUUAGCCGAUAAGUUUCGGGGCAAGCUUUCAAUUCGAUCUCUUCGUACACGGCUGUGGUUGGAUUCAAUCCGGAGUACUCUAGUAGGGAAAUUGCUCUGCAAAUUGCAUGCGAGGCCGCCGAAGACGAAAGCUUGUUCGGUGAGUGUUCGGGCCAUAUCCCGGUGCCGGCGGCCCGGCUCUUCCAAGUCGCUCCUUGGUUCGAUAUUCUGAACACCCGGUUCACGCAUCAUUUGAAUCAACCAUGGAGAGUUGUACAGAUACAUCAUCAAUCAGGAUUCCACCAGCCGUGUUUGCUCCUGAUACGCCUCCAAGAUGCUCAGACUGGAGUUCAGCUUCCAAUGAAUCAUUGUUCAGUAUCCAAAUGGGAGGGAGCUUCACCAGGGAUCAUUUCUUUGGCUACUCUGGGGAAAUAACGAGUGAUCUCCCUCCUCGUAUCCAUGCUGCAACCAAUGAAAUGGCAACUGAUCCCCCGCUUCCUAUCCAGGCUGCGACCAAUGAAAUGACAACUGAUCCCCCUCUUCAAAUCCAGGCUGCAACCAAUGAAAUGACUACUGAUGGAAACAAUCACGAGGUAGGACAAAAACUGCAAACAACUACUGAUGUCUGGAAAGAGGUCAUACAGGAGGAAGAGGAACACAAUCAUCCCAAAAAGUCAAAUGAGGAGACACACAUUUCUCAUUACUCUGUGGAGAGUAUCACCAGUGACAGAUCAUUUGCAUUCCCAAUAAAAGCCAAAUUUUCAAGCAGAAAGGUGGAAAAGUAUGCUCUAUUUGGGCUGAAGAGCAGGGGUUGGAUAUAAAUGUGCAUAUAAUAUUAUAAUUUGAACAUUUUUAAUGGCAUCUAGAUGAGAACAUGAUCUGAUUAGUUUGAAUGUAAUGAAGAUUGACAGGGCAGACUGAUAAAGAAGGCGCUGAUAGCAUUGGCAAUGGUCGGGUGCGAAUGAGCCAAGAACAGCGGCAACAGCCAAUGUCAGAGCCACUACCACAGAAGGAAGAAUCAUUAAAACCAUCUGAGCCAACUAACAGUCAAGGAGAGCCAUUGCCAGACCAAACUACUUGGUUUUCUUGCUUCUCUAAUUUCUCUUGUUGGCCUUGUACAUUUUCUUCUUGGAAGGGGAGUUUUUGCCUCAGCUAAUUUUUUACUAGUUUCAAAUGUUAAAGUAAAAACUCAAUUUUGCGAAGGUUUUGCAUUACAUUAGAAGGAAGGUUUAGACAGAGCCGUAGCUGGAGAUUUUGAUACCGAGAGCAAAGUUUAUACUUGUGUCUCUAGUCAUAAUUGUCACUUUAUUGACCCGAGAAUUCAAAAACAUCUCAACAAAGAAAUAACUAUAGAAAAAACUUACAUACGAGGUAAAAACUGGAAAGAAGUUUUUACCAUGUAGUUAUAGAAUAACAAUGAUCAC